UGUAUUUAAUUUUAUUAUUGUUAGUAUAAAGCAGUUUAACGUUAUUCAUCAACAUUAUAUAGAUAUUACAUCACUCUACUUUACGGUAAGUACUGAAAUCGUAUCAAAUAAUUUUGUAAGUAUUGUUUAAAAAUUUGAUGCGUUUUGCUCAAUUAUUAUAAGUUAAUGUAAAUGUGAUUAUGUUAUUAAAAAAGCAUCCAUAAGGUCAUAAUAUAAUAUUAGAGAACUGUUUGAUAAACAUUAUCAUUAUCAUUAUUUUUAUUUUAUUUAAAUUAUGAUUUAGUUUUAUUAUUUUACUACGCUAUUUCACAUUUACUCGCUUAUUUUUGAAAAUUUGAAACGUAAAAGUGUUAAAUAUUGAUUAGUUUCUUGUAUUCUUAAAGAAAAAUAAACUACAGAUUUACUUUAUUUUGAAAAACAAAGUUUUAUUUAUGAUGAAAAAUAUACAUCUUUGUACGGAUAUAAGUUUUUAAACAGAUGUGAACCAUUAAUAUUGCGUAACUUCAUCGUUCCCUCUUCCAAAAAAAAAGACGAAGUUGCAUAGCGCUUUACCUCUUGACAGUAGUAUGUGAAUCACUGAACGAAUGAUCAGCGUAACAGUGCGGCAAUAUUACGAAGGAAACUGCAGCGCUGCGGCGCCGUCGCAAAUAUCUUAAAUUGCUUUACAUUCAUUCUUCUUCCAACACGAAAUCGACACGGCUGACUGCUUCGCGGGUGUUUGCAACUUGGAAACAUAGGUGCAAUAAAUUCAAACAAAUGUCAAAAAUUUACCAGUGAAAAGUAAAUUCUGUGAAAAUAAGAAACACGUCGUCAAACAUGUGAUAUAUUUGAAUUGCGGUAUAAUGUGUUUGCUGAAUUCAGCGUAGCGUUUCUUUAUUUAAUAUAAAUUAGGCAGUGCUGACAUAUAUAAUUCAGUCUUGUGACGUUUCGACGACGAUGGACGCACAAACAACUACAUUUGGAAACAAAAGUGGUUGCACGAUUUCCUGGUGUGCCACUUUCUUUCUGGGCGUGUUUUUUCUCAUCAGCUUAGCCGCCACUGGUUUAUUGGUGUAUUACUUUGCACCUUGUCACGGGCAGAAACAAGUUCAAACAUGCACUGGUUUGCUCACAGAAAUUGGAAACGGUUUUCCAAAUCUAAUAAAGAAAAAUAUAGAUGUGAAGUUACCGAAAGCUGUAGUACCCGAUUCGUACGAAUUAUGGCUAAUACCUUUCAUAUGGGAGGGCAACUUUACCUUCCACGGCGAGGUCAAAAUUUUGAUAAAUGUAACAAUGGAUACGAACAAUGUUACGUUGCACGCCGUCGAUAUGAAGAUCGAUGAGAAUUUUACGAAUAUUAGGGAGCAAUCGGAUAAUAAAAAUGACAAGAUCAAGAUUGCAAUCGCUGAGCAGAAAAACGAUACCGAUAAACAAUUUUACGUGAUUAGAACGUCGGACACGUUGAGGGAAGGCAUGCAAUACGUUGUGCAUCUCAAGUUCAUUGGUCAGCUGAAUGAUGAUUUGCGCGGUUUCUAUAGAAGCUCGUACAUGGUCGGCAAUCAAAACAGGUGGAUUGCUGCGACUCAGUUUGAACCGACUGAUGCACGCCGUGCUUUCCCAUGUUUUGACGAACCGGCUUUGAAAGCUAAGUUUCAAAUCACCAUAGCGCGUCACAAGAAUAUGACAUCUAUUUCAAAUAUGCCUCAAAAAGGAAAACCGAUUCCAGUUUCCGGUUUAGACACAUACGUGUGGGAUCGUUACGAGCGUUCGGUACCGAUGUCCACGUACUUGGUGGCCUUUAUAGUUUCCGACUUUGAUGUACGGAAAUCGGAAGAUGGUAAAUUUGGAGUUUGGGCGCGUCACGACGUCAUCGAUCAAUCACAAUACAGCUUGCAUAUUGGAUCGCAAGUACUCAGAUACUACGAAGACUAUUUCAAUAUCAAGUUUCCGUUGCCGAAGAUGGAUAUGGUCGCGCUACCUGAUUUCUCCGCUGGCGCCAUGGAAAAUUGGGGAUUAAUAACAUAUAGAGAAACAGCAAUGCUGUAUGAGGAUAGGACAGCGACCAAUAAUACCAAGCAAAACAUAGCAAUGGUAAUAUCUCAUGAACUCGCUCAUCAAUGGUUUGGAAAUUUAGUGACUCCAAGAUGGUGGACGGAUCUGUGGUUGAACGAGGGUUUUGCCAGUUACAUGGAAUAUAUUGGCACGAAUGCGGUGGAACCAACAUGGAAAAUGCUGGAACAAUUUGUUGUUCUCGAGGUUCAACAUGUAUUUGGUUUAGACUCUUUGGAAUCUUCUCAUCCUAUAUCUGUUGAAGUUGACAAUCCAGAUGAAAUUAAUGAAAUUUUUGACCAGAUUUCUUAUGAUAAAGGUGCGGCCAUAAUAAGAAUGAUGGAUCAUUUCCUCACUACAGAAGUUUUCAAGAAGGGUUUAACCAAUUAUUUGAAUGAAAAAGCUUAUCAAAAUGCCGAGCAAAAUGAUUUGUGGUGUGCUUUGACCAAUCAAGCCCAUAAAGACAAAGUACUUGACCCAAAUGUAACUGUUAAAGAAAUAAUGGAUACUUGGACCUUGCAAACUGGUUUUCCUGUAGUUACUGUAUUACGAAACUACGAUGAUAAUAGUUUUACGCUAACGCAGGAACGCUUUUUGCUUAAUAAUAACGACACAAAUAUCACAUCUGAUAAGUCUAAGGAAUUAUGGUGGAUACCUAUUACUUAUACGAGCGAAAAAGAAUUAAAUUUCAAUGACACUCAACCCAGAGAAUGGAUGAAAGCUGAACGUUCGAUCAUGUUUAACGAUUUGGAUGUGACUCCAUCUCAGUGGGUACUUUUUAACGUGCAAGAAACUGGGUACUACAGAGUGAAUUAUGACACAAACAAUUGGCAGAUGAUAAUUAAACAAUUGAAAAAUAAGACAAAAUUCAAAUAUAUCUCGACGAUUAACAGAGCGCAGUUGAUUGAUGAUGCUCUUAACUUGGCUAGAGCUGGCAAACUUGAUUAUAACAUCGCUUUUAAUGUUACGUCUUAUUUGGUUCACGAAACCGAAUACUUGCCCUGGACAGCAGCUUUGUUAUCUCUGAGUCAUCUCGACAAUAUGCUAAUCAAAACACAGGCAUACAACAAAUUCAGAUUAUUUGUAUUAAAACUACUCGACGAGGUAUACAAGCAAGUUGGUUUCACUGAUAACGUGGAAGAUUCUCAGCUAAUAAUCUUCACACGAAUAAACGUUCUAAAUUGGGCAUGUUAUUUUGGCCAUCAAAGUUGCGUUAUGAACGCUGUGCAAUAUUACAAGUAUUGGAGUACUAUGCCUGAUCCAGACAUUUAUAAUCCGAUUCCGCCGAACUUAAAGAGCGUGGUUUAUUGCACGGCUGUUCGAAUAGGUGGACAAAGCGUAUGGGAAUUCAUUUGGCAACGAUACUUAAAUACCAACGUAGGAUCGGAAAAGGAUCUGUUGUUGGAGGCAUUAGCCUGUACAAAAGAGGUAUGGCUGUUGUAUCGAUAUUUAGAUUGGGCUUUUACAGAAAACUCAGGAAUCAGAAAGCAGGAUGCCAUCCAAGUUUUCGAAUUAGUUGCCAGCAACGUUGCCGGGCAGCCAAUCGCGUUUGAUUACUUUAGAAACAAAUGGGCUCACAUCAAGAAAUAUUUUGGAAUGUCGCUACAAAGGAUCAAUGCUAUUAUAAAGUACGCAGGAAUAAAAAUAAAUACAGUAUAUGAAUUGAAAGACAUGGUAGAAUUUGCAAAAGAACAUCUGACUGAACUUGGUGCGGCAACGCGAACUAUGCUACAAGUGAUAGAGCAUGCGGAAUCUAAUAUACGAUGGCUAGACAAGUAUCAGGGGAAGAUUUGCAAUUGGUUACAAAAGAAUGUUGUGCAUUCGGACAAAAAUUCUUGGAAAAUGAUGAACAUAUAUAGUUAAAGAUUAAUAAAUAAUACAACUAUACUUUUUUGUGUUAUAUAACAGCGAUCUCAUAAUAAGUAUAUUAACCAGUUGUAUGGUUGCAAUAAUAAUAAUAUGAUAUGGUAAUGGUUGCAUUAAGCGUGCAAUACGGCUAAAUGUUUAUGGUUAAUAUUACUAAUCUUUACUCCGUAUAAUGCUUGAUAUUAACAAAAAGUUAUUUGACUCUCCUCUGCAGUGUCGAAUUGUAAGUGAGUCGACGUUUGAUGUUGCACCCUUAAAAAAAAACCUAAUAAAAUGUUUCAAUAAAUGGUGAUUACUUUGUAACUGAUGAUAUUUCAUCAGUUAAUUGAUUAAAUCAUCAUCAUUACUGAUAUAAUAAUUGAUACAAUUAUUGAUAUAA